GAGAUGGGUGCAGGGUGCCAGGCUCAGCUCCUCUCACCCCACAGUUACUACGGGCUGACGGUGUGGUUCCCAGACAUGAUCAAGCACCUGCAGAACAUCGAGUACGCCUCACGCACCAAACUCUUCACCCGCGAGAAGGUCCGGCACUUCACCUUCAACUUCACCCUGGAGAACCAGAUCCACCAGGGCGGGGAGUACUUCAAUGACAAAUUCAUUGGGCUGAAGAUGAAGUCGGUGACGUUUGAGGACUCCCUGUUUGAGGACUGCUACUUCGAGGACAUCACCUCCAGUAACACCUUCUUCAAGAACUGCACCUUCAUCUCCACCAUCUUCUACAACACAGGUUUGGGUUGGGGGAGGGGAAGUGAGUGGGGAAACUGA